AUGGCGGAAGGUAAUGGAGAAAUAUCCAUUGAAGAGGUCCCUGGGAAGGACUCCGACGCUGGCCGGACACCAGAUUACAUCAAACUCAUAGACUAUGGCUUGGACCCAAAGGUGGCGACCAAGCUCGACGACAUUUAUAAGACUGGAAAGCUAGCGCACGAGGAGUUAGACGAGCGUGCGUUAGAUGCCUUAAAAGAAUUUCCAUCCGACGGUGCUUUAAGUGUUCUUGGACAAUUUUUAGAUUCAAAUCUCGAGCAUGUAUCCAAUAAGAGUGCUUAUUUAUGUGGAGUCAUGAAGACGUACAGACAGAAAAGCCGUGCGGGCGUGCAGGGCGCGCCGGCGCUGGCCGCGGCUGUGCAGGUGAAGGGGCCCGAUGAAGAAAAGAUCAGGCAGAUCCUGCAGAGGACCGGGUACACGCUGGACGUUACCACCGGCCAGCGCAAGUACGGCGGCCCGCCCCCCGGCUGGGAGGGCGGCACGCCGGGCGCCGGCUGCGAGGUGUUCUGCGGGAAGAUACCCAAGGACAUGUACGAGGACGAGCUCAUACCGCUGUUCGAGAGCUGCGGCACCAUCUGGGACCUGCGGCUCAUGAUGGACCCCAUGUCGGGCGCCAACAGGGGGUACGCCUUCGUCACCUUCACCACGCGCGAGGCCACGCAGCGGGCCGUGCAAGAGCUCGAUAAUCACGAAAUAAAACCGGGGAAGACUCUGAGAAUUAAGAUUAGCGUACCGAACCUUCGACUUUUCGUCGGCAACAUUCCCAAGUCUAAAGGCAAAGAGGAGAUACUGGAAGAGUUUGGUAAAUUAACAGCCGGACUCGUUGAAGUCAUUAUAUAUAGUUCGCCCGAUGACAAGAAGAAAAAUAGAGGAUUUUGUUUUUUGGAAUACGAGUCUCACAAAGCCGCGUCAUUAGCCAAGCGCCGGCUGGGCACCGGGAGGAUUAAAGUUUGGGGCUGUGAUAUUAUAGUGGACUGGGCGGACCCGCAGGAGGAACCAGACGAGCAGACCAUGAGCAAAGUGAAGGUGUUGUACGUACGGAACCUGACACAAGAAAUUACAGAAGAAGCGCUUAAAGAAGAAUUUGAACGUUAUGGGAAUGUAGAACGAGUUAAGAAAAUUAAGGAUUACGCUUUCGUACACUUCGAGGACCGGGACUGUGCUGUUAAGGCGAUGCAGGAGAUAGACGGCAAGGAGCUGGGAGGAGCGCGCCUCGAGGUGUCGCUGGCUAAACCUCCCUCCGACAAGAAGAAGAAGGAGGAGAUACUGAGGGCCCGGGAGAGACGCAUGACGCAGAUGAUAUACGGACGGGGAGGAUUUGAUUGGUGCAGCUGCUCGCCGGUGCACGGGGCGCUCCGGGGCCGCACGCCGCAGCCGCAGCCGCGCCCGCCGCAGGCCCGCGGCGACUACGAUUAUGAUUACGACUAUUACGGGUACGGGGAUUACCGAGGUGGCUACAAUGAGCCAUUUUACCGGUACGAUGAGUUCUAUUUUGAUUACGCGGGGCCACCGCAACCGUCCGCCGUCCGCCAGCCUCCCAACAGAGCGCAGCCGGUAGAGAAUAUGUUAAGAAGACUCACUGACCCGCUUGGUAAAUGCCUCACUCAGGACGACGAGCUCGCUCUCGGGCCCGACUCGCUUUACUACGAUCUAACUGGAGGCAUUCAGGCGGCUGGGUCAUGUGGGACGGGCGCGCGCUGGGGGCGGCGCGGGGCCGCGGCUGGGGCCCGUGGUGGUGCGCGCCGCGCCGCUCGUGGCCGCCGCACGCCCAGCGGCAUGCGUGGCAACCCGCGCGCCAAGCCAAGUUUACCAGGUAAACGUAAACUCGACGGGGGUCAGCAGAUCGCUGGGGGGGAGCGGGAGAGCAAGCGGCGGCUGGGCGCGGCGGCGGCGGCGGCGCGCGGCUGGGGCCCGGCGGGGCAGGAGGGGGCCAGCUAG